AUGGACUCCUUGAAGAGCACAAUAACAGAGGAUCGCCUCAAAGUUGGAUUGAUUGAAGAUCACAAGCCUUCAGUUUAUUCUGAAGAGGUUACAGCUGCUGAUGCUAAUGCCCGGGACAGAAGAGCAUCCACCACAGAUGAAUCGGCCGACGAGAACGAAGAGCCAGCCCACAAUGAAUUUACUAAGAAACGACGAUGCCAGAAUGCAAAAUUUGAGGAACUUCUGUCGAAACAUGCUCAUUCGAUUACUGCCGAGACUGUCAAAUCUGCCAUUCAGACCUUGCCUGACACCCAGCUUUCGACGGCUCAUCUGAUAGCGAAACAAGACCUUGGAUUAGAGAUAUUGGAUCCUCGAGAAUACCAAAUUGAACUCUUCGAGAGGGCGAAGUCGCGUAACACCAUUGCGGUUCUUGAUACUGGCUCCGGUAAGACUUUGAUAGCGGUGCUUUUACUUAAGCACACUAUUCAGAAUGAGUUGGUGGAUCGUGGAAAGGGAAAGGCCCCUCGUAUCUCAUUCUUCCUGGUGAACAGCGUCACUCUUGUUUACCAGCAGGCAGCGGUUUUGCGCAACAAUCUGGAUCAAAAUAUAGCAAGUUUCUUUGGAGCCAUGGGGACAGACCUAUGGAACAAGCAGACCUGGGCUGAAAUUUUCAAAAAUAACAUGGUGAUAGUUUGCACAGCGGAAAUUUUGAACCAGUGUCUUUUGAAUGCCCACAUUCGGAUGGAUCAGAUAAACCUGCUAAUCUUCGAUGAGGCUCACCAUACCAAAAGGGACCAUCCUUACGCAAGGAUCAUCAAAAAUUCUUAUCUCGACGAGGAUCCUUCGAGGCGUCCAAGAAUAUUCGGAAUGACGGCAUCCCCAAUCGACGCAAACGGGGAUAUCGUGGAAGCCUCCUUAAAACUGGAGACGUUGCUUGACAGUAAGAUCGCAACAACCUCCAACCUGAACUCACUACGGCAAGUCGUGAGACGUCCAGCCGAGAAGGUCUGGGAAUAUAAUAGACCAGGGCCACCUUUUGCAACCAACCUCUACAAACUCUUGAAAGACCAAUUUGGUGACCUCGUUUGCUUAGAAGGUGUCUUUCGGUUCUCGUGGGCUGCUACUUCUGAGUUAGGAAAAUGGUGUGCUGAUAGGGCAUGGAAGCAUGCAUUGGCAGAUGAUGUGCUACCAAUACUCGAAGGGAAGAUCAACAAAGCCCUCCAUUCUGAGUCGGACAGUGAAGUACCAGAAAAUGUUUACAAGGAUAUAACGCUGAUAAAAGAAGCCAACAAUCUGGUUCGAAACUAUCCAUUCAAUGACCCAAAUGCUCCCGGAGAACUUAGCAAUAAGGUGCAAGUUCUUCGCAAAGAACUCAGCCAGUACUUUGAGGGUCCGACGGAUACGAAAUGUAUUGUCUUCACGGAGAAACGCUAUACAGCGAAAAUUUUGUGCGAGCUUUUUCUGAAUCUAAACAUUCCCCAUCUUCACCCUGGUGUUAUUGUUGGUGUUCGAUCCGGUGACGUGGCCGGUAUGAACACCACUUUUCGGCAGCAGUUCCUUGCCCUGAUGAAGUUCAGGAAAGGAGAAAUCAAUUGCUUGUACGCAAGCAUGGUCGAAAAAGAAAACGCAGGGCAUGAAGCACGGAUAGUGGGAGUUCGAGAGGCUGAGGACGUUAUGCGAAGGUUUUGCGAAUGUCUACCUGAAGAUCGACUGCUUCAUGGAAAUGAGCAUGACAUCAAUACCAUUAUUGAUAAAGAAGAAGGGAAAAGAACGUACACAGUUACAAGUACAGGUGCGAAGUUGACUUACCAUUCCGCAAUAGUAAUUCUUGCUCGCUACGCCAGCUCUCUACAAUACGAGAAAGAAACGUCAGCUAUCGUCACAUAUGUUGUCCUGCCUGUGGAUAAUACUUUUAUUUGCGAGGUCAUCUUACCGGAAAAGUCUCCAAUUCGAGGGUUAACUGGAAGCCCAUCAAUGAAGAGGUCCACUGCCAAACAGUCAGCUGCAUUCGACACUUGUCUCUUACUCCGGAAGCAUAAAUUGCUAGACGACCAUUUCAAUUCCGUAUAUCACAAACGCUUACCUGCUAUGAGAAAUGCAAAAUUGGCUAUAACAUCAAAGCGGACGAACCAGUAUGAUAUGAUAACGAAGCCGUCGUAUUGGAGUAGCCAGCAGGGCGCUUCUCCGACGAUGUUAUAUGCAACAUCGGUAUCGAUUAUUCCAUCAAGACCACUCAUAAGGGAACAUGGAAAUCUAGUUUUCCUGACUCGUGAAAAGCUGCCGAAAUUUCCGGAUUUUCCCAUCUUUCUCGAGGAGAACGUUGAGACGACUGUUCAUUCCGUGCCAGUGGACAAUCCCCUCGCUAUCACCGCUGAAGAUUUAGACUGCUUUACAGCAUUUACUCUCCGUGUCUUUCGAGAUAUUUUUCAUAAAAUUUAUGAUCGAGAACCCGAAAAAAUGCCAUAUUGGCUUGCUCCAGCCGCAACAGAUGCCAUAUUCGAAGAGUGCCCAGACUCGCGCAGUGUCGUCGACUGGAAAACCCUGAAAUUCGUUCAGGAGAACGACGAAGUCAAAUGGAUUAGUGGAAUGGCUCCUGACUUUCUGAAAAAUCGCUUCGUCUUUGAUAGCUGGGAUGGGAGGUAUCGAUACUUCACCCUAGGAAUUGAGGAGACAUUACGUGCCUCUGAUCCACCACCACCCUUUGUUCCACGCCGCAGACAUAUGGAUAAUAUCUUAGACUACUGCCUGAGUUUGUCGAAAAAUUCUAGGGCGAGAUUUUUUGCAACGUGUGACUGGAAUCAGCCGGUAGUUCGGGCAGAGCUGGUUCGACUCAGGAGGAACCUGCUCGACAAAAUGACCGAUUCAGAAAAGAAAUUUGAAACCAGAACUGUCUUGUGUCCAGAGCCAUUAAAGAUAUCUGCUAUUCCUUCAUCGAUUGCUGCAUCGUGCCUUUCUUUCCCGGCUAUUAUUAGCAGGUUGGAUUCGUAUCUUAUAGCUCGUGAAGCUUGCAAAACUCUACACCUGGACGUCCAACUGAGAUAUGCCUUGGAAGCAUUCACAAAGGACUCUGAUAAUACUGAAGAGCACCGAGGCCAGCAGAUCCAUCUCCAAAGAGGAAUGGGCAAGAAUUAUGAACGCUUGGAGUUCUUAGGCGACUGCUUUCUCAAAAUGGCGACGUCAAUUUCCCUCUUUGCUCAAAAACCUGAUGAUGAUGAAUAUGACUAUCAUGUGAAUAGAAUGUGUCUUAUUUGCAACAAAAAUUUAUUCAACUCGGCCAAAAAGAAGCAAUUGUAUCGGUUCAUCAGAAGCCGGGGUUUCUCCAGACAUACGUGGUACCCUGAAGGUCUCACAUUGCUACAGGGAAAGGAUCAUAGCAAAAAGGUCUCGUCCGAAGGCAAGCAUGCACUUGGGGAGAAGACCAUUGCGGAUGUUUGUGAAGCGUUGAUAGGAGCCUCCUUUUUAUCAGGUGGCAAUGAACAUCGUUUUGAUAUGGCUGUCAAAGCAGUCACUGCCUUGGUUGAUAGUCCAAAUCACAUGGUUUCUUGCUGGAAGGAAUAUUACUCUCUCUACACAAUGCCGAAGUAUCAAGUUCAGGGUGCUGAUGGGUUUGACCUUGACCUUUCUCGGAAGAUUGAGGAGAAGUUGGGUUAUCGUUUCAAACAUCCCCGAUUACUACGCUCAGCUUUUACUCACCCGUCGUAUCCUCUGGCAUGGGCCAAGGUUCCGUGCUACCAGCGCCUUGAGUUUUUGGGUGACUCACUGCUCGAUAUGGUUUGUGUCGAAGAUCUCUUCCAACGGUUUCCAGAUCGGGAUCCACAGUGGUUGACAGAGCAUAAAAUGUCGAUGGUCUCGAACAAGUUCCUCGGUGCCUUAGCUGUGAAACUGAGAUUGCACACUCACCUGCAGCAUUUUAGCAACCCUUUGCAGGCGCAGAUUACCUACUACGCGGAAGAAAUCCAAACCGCGGAAACUGAGAAUGAGGGCGCAGUCGACUAUUGGGUUAUGACGAAAGACCCGCCUAAGUGUUUACCCGACAUGGUCGAGGCCUACCUCGGAGCUGUAUUUGUUGACUCUGGUUUCAAUUUCGAAGUCGUUGAGGCAUUUUUCAAACGUCAUGUCAAGCCGUACUUCCAUGACAUGUCCAUUUACGACACCUUUGCAAAUAAACAUCCAACUACAUAUCUGCAUAAUAAAUUGACGAAUGAAUAUGGAUGUACAAACUACUGUCUGAAGGCAGGAGAGAUACCCACCGGCGACAGCUCCAUCGCGUCCAUUCUGGCCGCCGUUAUUGUGCACGAUUCCGUCAUUGCGGAUGGGACAGCAUCAUCCGGCCGCCACGCCAAAGUGAAGGCGAGUGAGAAAGCGCUGGCUGUGUUGGAGGGACUUCCAGCAUUUGAAUUCCGGCAGAAGUAUCAUUGCAAUUGUCAAGGGGCAGAGGGAUCUACUGAGGCGGAUAUAGGGACUGCCAUUUGAUCCAACAAGGAUUGCCUUUUCUUCUGUCCCAUACGGAUUCUAUUCCCUAGAAAGAUAAAUCAAUACAAUUGAAUCUACG